UUGACCGCUCGACGUGCGAUCUUGUUUCUUGGUUCUGCUCUGUCUGGUAAGGGCAUUGUCAAGCACUAUGGUUGUCUUCACGAUUCUUGCAGUGAUUACCGCUGUGCUCGUUGCUACUGUGGGUGUACUGGCUCUUCUCCUCGCCAACACCAGACGUCGCUACUGGCACAUUCCUCAUCCUCCUCUGGACAACUUUUGGUUGGGCCACGCGGGCAUGAUUGAUAGGAGAAUGAACGAAAUGAACGAGGGGAGUACGAUUGAUGAGAUUUUGUUGGAAUAUUCGAAGAAGUACGGCGAGGUCAUCGUCUUCUUCUUAGUUCACGUGCCACAAGUUUCCAUCACUCUAAAUGAUUCAAACGCAAUGCGACAACUGGGGAGAGACGCGACUCUUGCUAAACCCAUUUUUGUGACCGGACUGAAGUGUCUAUACGGUAAUCGGUUCUUUGGGAACUUCCUGGAGGGCGUCAAUGAUUUGAAUGUUUGGUUGAAACGCCAGAAGUUGUUUGCGCCGUUCUACAGUAAGAAGAACUUGCGUGACGUGAUUGGGGUAACGAAUGAGGUGAUAGACAAGUACAUAGCGUACCUUGACAAAGAGAGCGAGAAAGGAGAAACGGUGUGCAUGAAAGAGACGAAUCGUUUCCUAACCUCAGCAAUCGGUGGUAGGGUCUCAUUGGGCGUUGAUAUUGACAGAAUAGACCAGAUGAUGGUUCUAGACCGAGCUGUAAUACAAGGAUUUAAUCUUUAUGCGGAUAUGAUGAAUGAUCCACUAACUCGGUACCUUCCCAUAUACAGAGGCAAAUGGCAAAAGGCAAAAGAAACCUGUGCACUCCUUCGAGGAGGAAUUACAGAGAUUAUAGAGAAGAGGCAGAAGGAAAGCUCUGAAACAAACGGCUAUGGUUGGAAGGAUUUUCUGGGUCUUGCACUAGAAGCAAUGGAGAAUGGAGAAUAUGACUUUGAAGAGAUGGUUGACGUGAUGGUAGAGGCUUUUGAUUCUUCCCAUGUCGGUAUGGUCGCUACAGUGAAUAAUUGUCUAAAAGAGAUACUGCAACAUCCUGAAGUUGAGAAACAACUUGUAGAGGAAGUGGAUCGAGUACUCGAGGGCAAGCCAUUUGUAUCCUUUACUGACCUCCAGUCUUUUCAUUAUCUUGCUUGUGUCUUGAAAGAGAGCCUUCGAUGUCACCCCACGCUUCCUUAUUUGUUAAGAGAAACCACAACUGAUCUAACAGUUGCUGGUUAUCCUGUCCCUGCUGCUUCCUUUGUUCACAUCAGUAUCUACUGUAUGCAUCACAAUGAUAAGUUCUGGCCUGAUCCAAACAAAUUUGAUCCCAAUCGGUUCUAUUCUCUCACUGGGGACCAUGAUCCGUCUGCAAACCUUUCAUUUGGUAGUGGAAUGCGUGCUUGUCUUGGACGCGCAUAUGCCGAGCAGGAGCUUAAAAUGAUCUUUGCUCGUCUCUUUCAAGCAUUCACGUUUGAGAUGGAGAAACAAAGCAAAGAAUACGACAAGUACGGAACAAAGUUGAUGCCUCUCAUGUAUAGAGAUCCUAUCAAUUGCAAGAUCAAACGAAGAUUGGUAAAUGAGACUGCUUCACACUAACCUCAGUCAUGAGAGAACUGUGCUGGUGACUUGGUUGUCCUGAUUAGUAUUUGUCUAGUGUUUCCUGUGCCCGGUAUACGACAUCCAUACCAGCUUGCAGUUAGAGUGAUAUGCACUUGAGUGUUGGUAGUUAGUACUCCAUUGGCAAGUGUGUUUACAGACUAGCACAAUAUUGCAGUAUGAUUCAUCACAAUGUCAUAUUAGGAAGUGUGGUGAAUGAAUAUCGAUUAUAUUUGGUUGUUGGUUUGAGUGGCA